AUGCAAUGUGCUGGUCUGCUCCUCAUCCUUAUCGGAGUAUUUUCAAAAGCCGCAGCCUUUCUCGCCAUGAUUCCUGAAGCUAUCAUCGGAGGUGUGCUCGCUGCUGGAAUGAGUAUGAUAUGUGGAGUUGCAUUUGCUAAUCUCCAAACUGUGGAUCUCCGUCUCUCUAGAAAUCUUACCAUCGUUGGAUUGUCUAUCGUUCUCGGAUGCACAAUCCCCGUUCAUUUCGAAAAACACGGAUUCCAUACCGGUCAUAAAACAAUGGAUGAUGUACUGGGAACACUCUUAAAAAUGAGAAUGCUCGUUGGUGGAUUGAUUGCUUUUUGUCUAGAUGUUAUGGCUCGUGGAGCGACGAGAAAACAAAGAGGAUUGGAGGGAAGAAUGGAACGAGAAGCUGUGGCGGUGGAGAGGGAUGGAUUCGCUUUUUCGUCGUGGGCGAAUCAGACGAUUCUGAAGAUUCCAUCGAUUACUAGGUUGCCAGUGGUGCCGUCGGAGAAGAAGAUAAGAAGAGUGGAGGAAAUGAGAGCAAAAAGAGUGAAGGAGAAUGUGUUAGAAGAUAAAUUUUGA